UCAUGCUGCUGCGAAGUCCAGAGUGUCUCAUGGGUCCCUGUACGGCCUCCCAUUGCUGCUGUCUCCAUCGCCACACUCUGCCAUGUGCCACUUUCAGGUCUCCUCACACACUGCUGGUGUGUUCAUUUUUUUGCCAUAGGGUGCUGGCAGAUUACGGGCCUCCCAUAGCUGCUGCCAGACCCCUAAUCUGCCAUGGGCCCCUAUACCGCCUCCUCAUGCUGCUGCCAGGUACAGAGUCUCUCAUGGGUCCCUGUACGGCCUCCCAUUGCUGCUGUCUCCAUCGCCACACUCUGCCAUGUGCCACUUUCAGGUCUCCUCACACUGCUGGUGUGUUCAAUUUUUUG